CCAAUUCGUGAGUCUCUCCCUUCCUCUGUCAUCUUCUUCCCUUGGGCUGAUCAUCAUUCCCCGCCAACAAGACCCCGGGUUUUUUUAUUCUUCCCAUUGGUUGGACUUGUUGAUCGCGAUUCUUUUAUCCUUUUAAAAGAAUUCAUAUUUUUAAAUUGAAAGAACAAAAAAAAAUCGAUAACAUCGAUAAUCGGUUGCCAGAGAAAGUCAACUCUCACUAUAGAGAUUAUAGUCUCUCACCUUUAGAUUAUUUAUUUAAUUCUCUUUCUUCAUGUGACUAAUUAGAAUUAAUUAUGAUCAUCUUUUCUAUUCUCUUGAUUCUAUUUAGUGUCCUUAACAAUUCCAGUGCCUCAGAUGAAGAUGUUCAAAUUGAUUUUGGUAUCGAUGAAAUUGAUCCCUUGAAAAUUCCUAGAGGUCCUAAGUUCAUUGAGGAACCUCGAUCACAAAUUUUUGAUCUCAAUGGUCGUGAUCAUCUUAAUUAUGUUACUUUAAGAUGUUCGGCUGAUGGUUAUCCAACACCCGUUUAUCAAUGGUUUAAGGAGAGUUAUAAUAAGACAGAAAUUAUUUCUGAAUUAGUUGACCCUCUUUCAGAUCAAAGAUUUACACAAAUGGAUGGAACGUUAAUCAUUUACAAUCCUAGGAAAGAAAUUGACAGAGGAAAGUAUCAUUGCCGUGUUUCCAAUCAAUUUGGUAGCAUCAUAAGUGAAACGGUUCAAGUUAGCUUUGGAUACAUUGGUCAGUUCCAAUUGAAAAGAUCUAAUGAUUUUGCUAAUACCAAUUGGGGUAAAUCUUUAAGCUGUGAUCCACCUCAACAUCAUCCAAGAGGAAUGUUUUAUUGGACUAAAAAUGGUUACCCAAAUAUUAUUGGAGCUGAUGAUAGACGGAUAUUUGUUUCUAAUGAUGGUAACCUUUACUUUUCUUCUGUUAAAGAAGCUGACAGUGCCAAUUACUCAUGUAAUGUCCAAAGUGUCAUCUCGUCAACGGGUAGAACUGGUCCAUCAUUUUACCUUAGAGUUGAUCCAACACCAAAUAGUCAACAGCUUCAAUUUCCUGUUGGUUUUCCUAAGAUUUUCCCUGAAGCUCCGUUAGCAGGUCAACUAGUAUCACUUGAAUGUGUCGCUUAUGGUUAUCCGGUGCCCUCAUACAAUUGGAGUAGAGUUGGUGAUCAAUUACCAAAAGAUGCAUCAUUAACUGGUCACAAUAGAUUAUUAAUUAUACCAAAAGUUAAGGUUGAAGAUUCUGGUGAAUAUCGUUGUACUGCAAAAAGCGGUGGUAAUAGUGUUAUCACAUCAGCAGCUUUUCUCCGAGUCCAAUCACUGCCUGUAUUUACCAAAGGAUUAAGAGAUAAGGUGAUCGAUGUUGGAACCAACCUCAUCUGGAAAUGUGAAGCAUUUGGAAUUCCCCAAGUUAAAUAUAAUUGGUACAAAAAUGGAGUUGAACUUCGAGGUAACACCAUCCCUCAAGAAGACUCGCAAAGAAUUAAGAUUGAAGAUAAUGUUCUAACCAUCGAAGCUGCUAACCCUGACAGAGACAAUGGAAUGUAUCAAUGUCGUGCUUACAAUGAACUCGGUAACAACUUCAGUUCUGCUCAAUUGAAAGUAUCUGGUAUCAAGCCAACAUUUAGACGUCACCCACUCAAGGAUAUGUACGCUGCUCUUGGCUCCAAGUUUUCAAUCACUUGUUCACCUGAAGCUCUACCAGCUCCAUCUUUCCAAUGGCUACUAAAUGAUUCACCAUUGCGAUCAAACUCCGAAUUACUGACAAUCAAUCAAGUUCGUAAAGAGGAUGAAGGUUGGUACAUUUGUGUUGCCAGAAACAAAUAUGGUCGAGAUCAAAGCAAAGGAUAUCUAACUGUCUUCGAUAGCCAAACAUUUGCUGAAUACCCAAGACCCAAACUCGUUGCCAUAGUAAAUGACACCAUUCAAAUGCCUUGUGAUGCCAAUUCUGAUUCCAAGCUGGACAUUUCUUUCAUUUGGCUCCAUAAUGGUAUCAAAGUCGAUCAGUACAACUCAUGGAAAUUCACAGUCGGCAAUAAACCGGGUUAUCUCAAGAUUCGAGGAAUUACUUUCGCCGAGUCUGGUAACUAUACUUGUUUGAUUCGCUCAGCGGUCGACACUAUUGCUCAUUCAACGGAAUUGAUUGUUGAUGGCCCACCAAACCCUCCAGGCGGUGUUUUAGCCGAUGUUAUAAAUGCCACUUCUGCUUCCAUCCAUUGGAGUGAUGGUGCUUCUAAUGGAAGACAAAUACUCUCUUAUAAGAUUGAGGGUCGAACUAAUCACAAUUCUUCUUGGAUUGUAUUAGCUGAUCACAUUUUGUCUACUGGAGUGAAUCGCGAAAACUUCAGGAGUAAUGCUCGAGUUAAUAAUCUCUCUCCAUGGAGCAUCUUUGAGUUCAGAGUAUCUGCUUACAAUGAUCUUGGAUCUAGUCUACCUUCCGAUGCUAGUCCACUUUACAAAACUGGUGAACAUCGACCACUACGGUCACCAGCCAAUGUUGGUGGCGGUGGAGGUAAAGCCGGUACAUUAACGAUAACCUGGGAUCCUUUACCUCCUCAGAAUUGGAAUUCACCUUCUGUCUGGUACAAGAUAUUCUGGAAACUGCCAAACGAUUAUGAGUAUCAAACAAAAGAAUUGAAUCAAAGUCAAGUUGGAAUGUACGUGAUUGAUGUGGGCGAAAACAAUUAUUAUGAAAAGUAUUUAGUUAAAGUUCAAGCAAUCAACAGAAUGGGAGAAGGACCAAUCAGUGAACCAGUUGAAGUUUAUUCAGCUGAGAGUAUGCCUCAAGUUCAACCAAGUUUGGUUAAGGCUUUACCAUUCAACUCAACAGCUCUUAAUGUUACAUGGGCACCACUCGAAUUAAGUCGAGGAAAGAUUCGUGGUAAAUUAAUUGGUCAUCGAAUCAAAUAUUGGAAACAAUCUGAUGACUCUCAAACUAAUGCUCUCACUUUACUCAAUCGUGGUACUCAAAACGAGGGUUUGAUUGUCGCCUUGUCCCCACACACCGAAUACUAUGUAUCGGUCAUGGCCUACAACGAAGCAGGUUCUGGACCUGAGAGUGAACCUUUCUUGGCUCGAACCUACAAAGCGGCCCCACAACGAGCACCAACCAAUGUGAAAGUUAAAGCUGUCGAAUCAGGCCAUGUCCAGGUAACUUGGAGAGGUGUUGACACGGCAUCAGACGAAGAGCCGAUCAUUGGUUAUAAAGUUCGUUAUUGGGAAAGUGACCAAAAGAUUCAAUCAGCUAAAGAAGUUUAUAAAUAUCUUGAAGAAAUUAGUGAAGAUUUGAAUGUAAUGGUCUCUGGUUUAGUUCCAGAUAAAACAUACAAACUUCGAGUUCUCGCCUACAGUUUAGGUGGAGAUGGUAAAAUGUCUUCGCCCGCUGUUGAAUUUAAAAUCAAAGCAUAAUCGACAAUCUUAUUUAAGAGAAAAAAAAACUGAAUUCGAUCCAAACAAUCAAGUUAAUUAGGAUCGUCGCAAUAUCAUGUACACAAACAAUUGCACUUCCGUCCACAAAUCUUAUCUACUCACAAUCGCCACACUUGAAGCCAUUCACAUAUCAAAGUAUUACCACAGAAGCAACUGAAGCCUUUAACUCAUUAAUUACUCAUGGCCAAUUAAUCGUUACUCAAUUUUAAUUUAAUCAUAAUUUUAAUCAUAGCCAUAUGAUUUUUGCCGAUCCACCGUUUACACAAUUGUAUCAGACUAUCAAAAGUUACGAUACAAAUCAAAUUGCCAUGAAAAUUGAUAAAAAACAAUCAAGUGUUUAAAUUAAAAACUAUUCAAAACAAAACAAUUCACAUCCACAAAAAAAGCAUAUCUCAAAUUAAUUAUCUAAGCAAAAGCAAUCAUAAUUAAUUAAGUAAAAGACUACAAGUCAAUUGCUUACAAUCAAUUAAAUUAAAAACUCAAUUCAAAUUUUGUUUCAAAAAAAAAGUUGAUAACAUAAAU